AUGGCCUCACUGGCACCACCACCACUCCCAUUCUCAUAUCAUCAUCCUCAUCACCCCCUUCUUCCCAAACCCUCCAUUUUCACUCCCAAAGCUUCACUCUCUUUCUCUCCCACACAAACCACCUCUCCCUCUCCCCUCCAAGACCUCAACCGCCUCUGCAACUCCGGCAACCUCACCGCCGCCCUCACCCUCCUCCAAACCAACACCUUCCCCACCUCCCAGCACCUCAAAGACGCCAUCGGCGCCCUCCUCCAGGCCUGCGGCCGCCACAACGACAUCCAAACCGGCCGCAAACUCCACCGCCUCGUCUCCCAAUCCACCAUCUUCACCCACGACGUCGUCCUCAACACUCGCAUCAUCACCAUGUACUCCAUGUGCAACUCUCCCUCCGACUCCCGCCAUGUUUUCGAUGCCUUACCGAGAAAGAACCUGUUUCAGUGGAAUGCUAUGGUUAGUGGGUACUCAAGAAACAAUCUUAACGCUGAAGCAAUUGAUACUUUCAUUGAAUUGUUACGCGCCGCGGAGUUUAAACCCGAUAAUUUUACAAUGCCGUGUGUGAUUAAGGCCUGUGGUGGGGUUUUGGACGUGGGUUUGGGGCAGGGGGUUCAUGGGAUGGUUGUGAAGAUGGGUCUGGUUUCGGAUGUGUUUAUUGGGAAUGCUUUGAUUGCGUUGUAUGCGAAAUUUGGGAUGCUAAGGGAUGCAGUUAAGAUGUUUGACAAAAUGCCUGAGAGAAAUUUGGUUUCUUGGAAUUCGAUGAUUGGGGGGUUUUCGGAGAAUGGGAUGUGUGAAGAGAGUUUUGGGCUGUUGGUGAGGUUUUUGGAGGGUGAGGAGGGAUUUGUGCCGGAUGAGGCGACGUUGGUGACUGUCUUGCCAGUUUGCGGUGGGAAGGGGGAGGUUAAAAUGGGGAUGGAGAUUCAUGGUUUGGCGGUGAAGUUGGGGAUUAAUAAGGAGUUGAUGUUGAGUAAUGCGUUGAUGGAUAUGUAUUUGAAAUGUGGGUGCUUGAAGGAAGCGAGGGUUUUGUUUGAGAAGAAUGAGAGGAAGAAUGUGGUUUCUUGGAAUGCUUUUAUAGGUGGUUAUUCUAGAGAAGGGGAUGUUAGCGGAGCGUUUGAUCUUUUGCGGAAAAUGCAGAUGGAGGAGAAGGUGGAUGUGGUCACGGUCUUAAAUGUGUUACCGGCUUGUUUAACAGAGUCUGAACUUUUGAGGUUGAAGGAGCUUCAUGGUUACUCAUUCAGACAUGGGUUUCAAGAUGAUGAACUGGUGGCCAACGCUUUUGUUGCAGCCUAUGCGAAAUGCGGGUCGCUGAGUUCUGCUGAGCAGGUGUUUUAUGGUAUAGAGACGAAGACAGUGAGUUCCUGGAAUGCAGUUAUGGGUGGCCUUGCCCAGAAUGGAGAUCCAAAAAAGGCUUUAGAUUUGUACCUUCAAAUGAAACAAUCAGGUUUGGAUACUGACAGUUUUAGCAUUGGUAGCCUCCUUUUGGCUUGUUCCCACCUGAAGUUUCUUCAAUAUGGUAAAGAGAUUCAUGGUUUUGUGCUACGUAAUGGGUUAGAGUUGGAUUCAUUUAUUGGUAUUUCAUUACUAUCUUUUUACAUCCAAUGUGGUAAACUGUCAACCGCAAGAGCAUUAUUUGAUAGGAUGGAACAUCAAAGUUCAGUGUCAUGGAAUGCAAUGAUCUCUGGUUACUCUCAGAUUGGACUUCCUGAUGAAGCCCUGGAUCUCUUUCGACAAAUGCUGUCCAGUGGAAUCCUACCCAGUGAAAUAGCCACCAUGAGUGUGCUGGGGGCAUGUUCACAGCUGUCAGCUCUGCGUCUAGGGAAAGAACUGCAUUGUUUUGCUUUGAAAGCAGGAUUUACAGAAGACCUGUUUGUUGGUUGUUCUCUCAUAGAUAUGUAUGCUAAAAGUGGCUGCAUAGAACAAUCUCACAGGGCAUUUGACAGUUUAACCAAGAAAGAUGUGGCAUCAUGGAAUGUCAUAAUUGCAGGGUAUGGAAUUCAUGGACAUGGAAACAAGGCCUUGGAGCUAUUUGGAGAAAUGAUAAGGUUGGGUCAGAAGCCCGAUAGUUUUACAUUUCUUGGAAUUCUAACUGCAUGUAACCAUGCUGGGCUUGUUAAAAAUGGGAUAAAAUAUUUUAACCAGAUGCAAAGGUUAUAUGGAAUCGAGCCGAAGUUAGAGCACUAUGCAUGUGUGGUAGACAUGCUGGGUAGGGCUGGUCAAUUAGAGGAAGCUCUGAACAUCAUAGAUGACAUGCCCGAGGAACCAGAUACUAGAAUUUGGAGCUCAUUGCUUAGUUCCUGUAGGAAUUAUAAUGAUUUGGGAACGGGGCAGAAAAUUGCUGAAAAGUUACUAGAAUUGGAGCCCGAAAGGGCUGAGAAUUAUGUCCUACUGUCGAACUUAUAUGCUGCGACAGGGAACUGGGAUGAUGUGAGAUGGGUCCGUCAAAGGAUGAGGGAGAUUGGCCUUCAGAAGGAAGCUGGCCGCAGUUGGAUUGAACUUGGAGGGCAAGUGUAUAGCUUUGUUGCUGGUGACAAUUCCCUGCCAGAGUCAGGAGAGAUUAGGAAGAUGUGGACAAGAUUAGAGGAAAGAAUAAGUAAACUUGGAUAUACACCUAACACAGAUUCUGUGCUUCAUGAACUGGACUAUGCGGAGAAGAUUGAAAUAUUGAGGGGACAUAGUGAAAAGCUUGCAAUUUCAUUUGGACUGUUAAAGAUGAAUAAAGGUGCUACAGUGAGAGUAUGUAAAAAUCUGCGCAUAUGCUUAGAUUGUCACAAUGCGGCUAAGUUGAUAUCUAAGGCUGUUGAAAGAGAGAUUAUUGUGAGAGACAACAAGCGCUUCCAUCAUUUCAAAGAUGGUCUAUGUUCUUGUGGAGAUUAUUGGUAA